UGUUUGGCUGGGUGUGGGGAGUCUGGUUUCCAGACACGCAUGCUGACCUGUGUCUGGAAAGGUAGUGGCUACCCGGCAGGAAGAAGCUGUGAAGGACUGACUCGCCCAGUCCUUACUCGUCCCUGUUUUAAUAAUUGUACUCAUGGUACGUGGACUUCGAACUUAAGACCGAUAGAUCUAGGUAAUGAUGGCCGUUUGCAUGUCCAUGUGGCAUUGCUGUGGCUUCUUAGACUGGUAGCAGCAAGUGUUUGGUAA